UAAUUUAGUAGUUAUGUGCACAGUUAUGUGGCUUGCCUAGUGUGUAUGUGGUGACCGGUCUAUCGUACUUCGCGGAAUUAGCAAAUACUUAGUGAAAUAAUGUUAGAAUAUAAUAUAGACAAGUUUAGUACUCUACCUUUUGCUUAAAACUUUUAACAAAUUUAAUAGUGAUAAUACAGUUGUAAUUUAUAAGACAAGAUUUCGUAAUGAUUCGUGUAUACGGUUAUUUUUUUAUAGCCAUUUUGCUAAAAUAAAGUUUAUUUAAAUUAUAUUUUAUACUGUGAUAAUUAUCAUAGGUAUAUUUAAUUAGCAAAAUGACUGUAACAUACACUGGUGAAGUUGCAACUUGCCGAGGAUUUGGCACGUUUUUGAAGGUUUUAUAUCGAUGGCGGGGGAGCAUAUACAAACUAGUUUGGUUGGACCUUUUGGUGUUUUUAUUACUAUAUUACGUUCUGAAUUUGACGUACCGUUUGCUACUGGAUGAAACAUCCAAAAGGAUGUUUGAAGGCGUUGUAAAUUACUGCAGCUUCCACGGCAAUGUGAUACCUCUGUCGUUCGUGUUAGGGUUCUAUGUAACUGUUGUGAUGAACCGCUGGUGGAAUCAGUACACGACUAUACCGUGGCCGGACUCUAUCGCCGUCUUUGUGUCUGCAUCUAUACACGGACAGGAUGAGCGCGGUCGGCUGAUGCGGCGCACGAUUCUGCGUUAUGUUUGUCUCUGCCUCACAAUGGUGCUUAGUAUGAUCUCUCCGAGAGUAAAGAAACGUUUCCCCACGCUCGAUAACUUUGUCGAGGCGGGCUUACUCAAUGAUAACGAGAAAACAAUUCUAGAUAAUUUAAAUACAAAAUUUCCGAAACCUUCAAAACACUGGUUGCCAAUAGUGUGGGCGACGAGCAUUGUGACGAGAGCUCGAAAAGAGGGUCGAAUAAGAGACGAUUUUGCGGUUAAAACUAUCAUAGACGAACUGAAUAAGUUCAGAGGACAAGCAGGACUGUUGUUGAGUUAUGAUACUAUUAGUGUACCAUUAGUGUAUACUCAGGUAGUUACCAUUGCCGUAUAUUCAUAUUUCAUAACAUCUGCAUUGGGCAGUCAAUGGGUUGACAACAAAUUGCAUUCUGGCAGCGACGCGGCGCAUAUUAGCAACAUAGAUCUCUAUUUUCCUAUAUUUACUACGUUAGAGUUCUUCUUCUAUAUGGGGUGGUUGAAAGUGGCCGAGUCACUAAUUAAUCCUUUUGGUGAAGAUGACGACGAUUUUGAAGUAAAUUGGUUAAUUGACAGAGAUUUACAGGUUUCGUACAUGAUUGUGGACGAGAUGCAUCACGAGCACCCUGAACUUAUCAAGGACCAAUAUUGGGACGAAGUGUUCCCUUCGGAGUUACCGUACACGAUAGCCACGGAGAAUCAAAGAGAGGAACAUCCGGAGCCGUCGACGGCGCGCGUGGCGGUGCCCGUGCGGCAGCGCAGCAUGGUCAUGGUGGCGCCCUCCGCCGUCAAGAUCGAUGAGAUGGUCCCAUCCAACACCGUGAGUUACAAGUUCGCCCCGCCAGAGCAAAUACAAAUGAAUGACGAUGCUCAAUCUGGUAUACAUUUUAUCGUCCAUCGAGGGAGUAGCAGAAGAAAGAAAGAAGAUAGGAACUCAAUGGGAUCAUCAAAUUCAAUGGCGUCGCUACAGCAGACACCUAUGACACGAAAUAAUUCGGUUACAUCUAUGUUAAAGAGAUUGUUUUCAAAGGAAGAGCAGAGGCAACCCGGAGUUAAUAACCAGACGGACGGAGCGUCACGUUUCAUAAUAUCUGCGAGCAAUCCCACUCUAAACAAACCGGCCACCGCUGGUGGUAGCAUGAAGAUUGCGAAUGAGGUCAUCGAGGAAGUAGAUGAGCAAGCCACAAUUACAAGUAUGGGCAAACGGCCGGAUGUUAGGCCAACGGCGAUGAGUCUCUUCGCGCAAAAGCCGGCUGCACCCAGUGAUCCAGUCAAUGUUCCUUCGCGAAACUCCAAUCACAACUCUAAAGAGGACACGCGGCUGUCGCAGUCGGCGCCGAACCCGUGGGGCACCGCGGCGGCAGCGCCGGGUGACCGCAGCCCGGCGGCGCGGUCGCUCAGCACGCAGGCGUCGUUCCCGAGCAUGGACGGCGAGCGCCGCCCGCGCCUCGACAGCGACGUCGGCGCCUCGCUCAGCGCCGCCGGCAGCCAGACACUACUAGACGAAGUGGAUGGCGAAGAAGAGCCCGACAUGGACGACUUCGACAGGCUGCGCAGCAUACGAGAACAGCAUCGCAGAGAAAAAUACUUGCAAAAACUGAUGGCGCGAUCAGUUAGUGCACAACAGCGAACUGGAAGUACAGAACUAAUAGAUAAUGAUAUUUUAUUAGAAGAUUUAUUAACACAAUCAGGAGCAUUAAAGAAGGAGGAAAAGAGCGGUCCCAAAGAAGACACCACUUGACAUAGCCGAAGUAUGAUAUUUAUGUGGGAUUAGAUCGACAUCUCAGCGCCUUACAGUAUUAACCAAAAUGUGAUAUGUUAAAAUGAAGUACAAGAACAUGUACGUGGCAGUGUUAGAUUUUAACAUAAAAUCGUUAUCAAAAUGUAAAUAAUAUAUUGUUUUAUUUAAAA